AUGACUCGCUGUAUCGGCUAUCGAUAUCUGAACAGCUGUUUGCUGGGCGCCUGUUCGAAACUCGAAUUCGAGUGCCCUACAUUCUUGCAGUUGCUUAGCAAAGCCAACAAAAUUGCACAUUUACUGGAAAACCCGUUGCAUCACCAACCAGCUCUGUCGGUUGGUCAACCGGAACGUCUUGGCGUAGAAUUUGAUUUCUACAACGUGGCUUCCAGCAAGGUACACCCGAGUCCGGGGGCCGCGCGCAGUGUGUGGGCGCUGACGGCCUCCUCAUCAUGUAAUAUGGAAGAAGAUGGACACGGCCAUGCUGACAUUGACAUAGACAUUGAUCAUCGCGCACACUCGCCAAGUGGCGCCAAUGGUGUCCCCAGCAGCGGCAAUGGCAACGAGCAUGACAACAAUUUGUUGUUGUUUGAGGGGAUAGAUGGAGCGACUGUCAACCUGGAUGAUAUAUUCGACAUCAUCAAGAAUGGCGAGAGCAGCGAAGUGGAGAAUCUGGUAGAGAAAUUUGGCUUGGAGUGUCUGUCCGCCAGAGAUCGUCAUGGCUACACACCCGCACAUUGGAUAGCACUCAACGGUAAUGUGCAGCUAAUGCGUUAUCUUAUCGAGCGCUCCGCACCCAUUGAUCUGCCUUGCCUGGGCACGCAGGGACCACGACCCAUACACUGGGCCUGCCGCAAGGGUCAUGCCUCAGUGGUGCAGGUGCUGCUGCAGGCGGGUGUGGCGGUCAAUGCAGCGGAUUUUAAAGGUUUAACUCCGCUGCAUUUGGCCUGCAUGUACGGACGCACUGCAACUGCUGCCUACUUGCUGGGCAUGGGUGCACUGAAUAAUCUAACGGAUAUUAAUGGGGACACUGCGCUGCAUUGGGCGGCCUACAAAGGGCAUGCGGAUCUGAUGCGAUUGCUCAUGUACUCUGGCGUGGAGCUGCAGAAAACGGAUAAUUUUGGUUCAACUCCAUUGCAUUUGGCCUGCCUAUCCGGCAACAUAAACUGUGUGCGGCUGCUGUGCGAGAAAUCGCAGCUGGAGCUGGAGCCACGUGAUAAGAAUGGCAAAACGCCCAUGAUGUUGGCACAGGCACAUCAGCAUCAGGAUGUAGUGCGUCUGCUGUAUGGCGAAGUUAAGAAGAAAUCACGAUGGCUACCUUCGGUAUCCGAGAGCUGGGGUUGGCUCUUUGGCGGCGCUGGUGACUCCAAGGGUCCGCUGUUUCUCUUCCUCUUCUCCGUGCUCUUGUGGUAUCCCAUGUAUAUGAUACACGCCAUACCCAUUACAUGGAAUAUACUGCGUCGCUCGCACUAUUGCUUCAUCUAUUGGAACGUGGUCAUGUGGAUUAGCUGGGCCAUUGCCAAUCGACGUGAUCCUGGCUACAUACCACUUAGCUCCGACGCCUAUUACAGAGCCAUCAAGCAGAUACCCUAUUUUGACAAGCUCAAGAAGCGCAACGUCAUGUUGACGCGACUUUGCCACAGCUGCCGCUGCUUGCGUCCACUGCGCGCCAAACAUUGUCGCGUCUGCAAUCGCUGCGUUUCCUACUUUGAUCACCAUUGUCCUUUUAUUUACAACUGCGUGGGCUUACGAAAUCGCAUGUGGUUCUUUCUCUUUGUGCUCUCUGUGGCCGUCAAUUGCUCCUUUACCAUAUACUUUGCCUGCUACUGUGUGAUGAUUGAGGGAUUCACGCUGCUCUACGUGCUGGGUCUCAUCGAGGCGGUGGUCUUUUGUGGACUCGGCUGGAUACUCACGUGCACUUCGGUGCUGCAUGCCUGCAUGAAUCUAACUACCAACGAAAUGUUUAACUAUAAGCGUUAUCCAUAUCUUCGCGACAAGCGCGGACGCUAUCAGAAUCCUUUCUCACGUGGUCCCAUACUCAAUCUGCUAGAGUUCUUUGUCUGCCUGCCGGAUCGAGGCGAUGAUAACGAUUUGCUGCUCGAGGAUAACAUUUGAUUAAGAAGCUAGGAGCGCGCUCAUGCACGCCGCCGAAAGGUGGCCGUGCGAGGAUAGUAGCGACAGUCGGUGCCGUAGUAAGGCGGCUGUGCUUUGAUUUUGAUUCAGGCUUUGCGCUUAAUUGAAGAAGCAAUCAUCUUGGCAAUUGCCAGCAAUCACAUCCCAGGCUGGGAUGAUCUAGUUAGUCAU